GUGACGACUCCCUCCUGGCACCUGUCGCGCAGCUAUGAAUUUGCAGCUACCCGGCGCAUGAUCGACAUUUCGUUCGCAUCAUGAGCAGACAUGUUUCCGAGCGCGUCCGUGAGAGGGAAGUCCUGAAAUAUGCUACCGUCUUCUGCAAUAUCACCGACAGUACGCUUCACAGUCAAGGUCCCUCAAAUCGCCGUGCCACUCUUUCCUCUGCCGACGCCAGCCUCAGUGCAUUUGCUCAGCUCGGCGCUCUUCGGCUCGACGCCGCACGAUGCCUCAUCUCCGUCUUCGACGAAACACGACAGUUCGUCAUCGCCGAAGGCACUCCUUCCAGCAGCUUGAACCCGAAUGCCACCGCGACUGACGACUACUGGCUCGGCUGCACCGCCCUUCCUCGCUCCGGCCGCGUCUGCGAACAUAUGCUGACCGACGAUGGCGAUCCAUCGCUCGGCGAACUCGAUCCUUCCACCUCGGGUCUGCUUGGGCCUGCGACCUUGCCCGUAACCGUCAUACCUGACCUGGCCCAAGACGAGCGCUACAAAGACAAGCCAGACGUGACGGACCGACCGCACAACAGCUUUUACGCCGGUGUACCUCUGCGGACACCCAGAGGGAUAAAUAUUGGCACCUUGGGGAUCUUCGACGACAAGCCACGAGACGGCCUAGACUCGUCACAAGUCGAGUUUUUGCAACAUAUGUCGUGUGCUGUCAUGAGCCACCUAGAGCUCCGACGGUCAGCCGAGAACUCGUCCAGAAGCGAGCGUAUGGUCCGCGGCAUCGGCAGCUUUGUCGAGGGUAAGUCGACCAUAUCGAACCUGUGGCGAGGCACCCACGCAGCAGCCUUCGAGAAAGGUGAUGCCGAAGGGAAACUCAAUGCGAACCAGCAGACUCUGCAGCAAAGCCACGUAGACCGAGACUUGGCCUUGGAUGAAAGCGCUCGGGAGUCUUCGCGCGCCGUAUUUACCACCGAGUCCACGCCACUUCAUGGCAACCACGAAACGGACCCGGAGCCCUUGUUCGAACAGGAAAGAGAGUCAUCCCCGUCGCCACCUCCCGUACCACCAAGCGAAGAACCCGUAGCGGCCUCUUUGCAGGAUAACUCUCAGUCGGUGACGGACAAAGGUACCACGCUGACCAAGUUCACUCUGACCUCGACCGGCUCGGUGGCCAGCGCCGCCACCAAGUCAUUUGCGGACGAGAUCCACACAACCGAGAUCAGGGAGGCGUUCGGAAAGGCCGCCAACAUCAUCCGAGAAUCAAUCGAAGUGGAAGGCGUCGCAUUCCUGGACGCCAUGGUUAACACUUUCGGUGGCCUGGUUUCACGUGGUGCAGACAGUGAAUCUGCCAGCUCUGACUCGCAUCCCGACACUUCAGGUGGCGAAGGAGGCGCAACCGAAGAAGAAAAGGAGCCCAAAUUUUGCAGAAUCUUUGCCUUCUCAACGACUGAUGCCUCAAGCAUCGACGGCAAAUCCAACCGCACCCAGAUUAAUGUUCCGCAAAAAUUUCUGCGAAGCCUGCUCCGACGAUACCCGGCCGGCAAGACUUUCCGAUUCGAUAGCAAUAACGAGAUUGUCUCUGGCGACUCAGAAGAAGAUCAAUACCAAGUCCCGGGAGCGGGAGGGGCCGAGGCACAGGCCUCGCUGCAGGUGCGCAAACGAAAUGUUGCGCAGUCGCGACAGUCGGAGGGCAAUGUUCUCUCCUCAAUACUUCAAGGAGCCCGGAGCGUAAUGAUGGUGCCGCUGUGGGAUCCCAUUCAAGAGAGGUGGCAUGCAGGCGCGUUCGUGUGGAGCAAAACCGCGGAUCGAGUCUUCACAAUGGAGAGAGAAGUGAGUUACCUGCGUGCGUUCGGAUCAACCAUCAUGGCCGAGAUCAAUCAUAUAGAGGCUACGCAAUCCGAAAAGAUGAAGUCAGAUCUACUGGGGUCUUUGAGCCAUGAACUCCGGUCGCCAUUACACGGUGUCCUGGCGGGUAUUGAGCUGAUACAGGACACUGAACUCGACGCAUUCCAGGGAGACGCCCUAAACUCUAUGGAAUCAUGUGGGCGGACUUUAUUAGAUGUAAUUGAACAUCUUCUGGAUUUCAGCAAGAUGAACAGGUUUGUCAAAUCGACGAAAGAGCAGAAGAAAGCUAGAAAACAUAAUCGCAGCGGCCGCUCAAGAGAGCAACAGGAGUCCUUUGAAUCAAAGAUGCUGCCCAUCAUGGCAGAUGUUGACCUGGGUGUCUUGGUCGAGGAAGUCGUUGAGAGUGUCUACGCCGGAUUUGGUUAUGAACGUCUGCGAAUAGGUCAACCUGACCAACAUGGACCCACGCCCGGAUCCAUGUACAACCAGGACCCUUAUGCCUAUCAAGACGGCCGGGAUGCAGCGCGGUUCUCCACUGGUGGUGUGACCAUCUAUAUUGACAUCGACGCAAAGGAAACGUGGACCCGUCAUAUCCAGCCUGGAGGACUCAGGCGGAUCAUCAUGAACAUUCUUGGCAACUCCAUGAAAUACACCAAUCAGGGCUAUAUCCACAUCAAGAUGAGGCAGGUCAAAGUACCCUUGAAACGCAAUCGUCACCGGACCAAUCUCGUACUCACCAUCACUGAUUCUGGUAAGGGCAUUACGGCGGAUUUUCUGCGCCACAAGCUCUUCACUCCUUUCAGUCAAGAGGACAGUCUCCAACCAGGAACGGGCCUAGGAUUGAGCCUCAUCCACCAGAUCGUCACAUUGCUGAACGGGUCCAUAACGGUUGAAAGUCAGCUCGAGCUGGGAACGAGUUUCCAAGUCACGUUACCUCUACCAGCAACAAAAUUCGACGGCGGCCAACCCAGUAAUCUGGGCCCCAACGCCGACUUCCUGAGAGGGCUCAGAGUGAGUCUUCGUGGCUUCAAGGAGAAAAGGGACACAGCGGGACUUCCUAAUCAUCAAGCCCCGAUCGAGCGACAGAUUCUAACGGAUAUGUGUCACACUUGGCUAGGAUUGGAAAUUGUGACCGAGGACGAUGAGGAUACUCGGCCAGAUUGCAUAAUAUGCAGUGACCAAGCUCUGGAGGGUUUGGCAAGCGAGCCCUCUGGACUUCUACCUCCAGUCAUUGUCGUAUGUCAGAAUGGAAGCAUCGCUCAGAAGUUGCUCCAGAAUCGCCGAACUGGGGAAAGCGGCCAUUUCUUCGAGUGUAUUUCACAACCAAUCGGACCUCACAAGCUUUCGAAGGCAUUAAUAUUAGCCAUGGAACGUUGGGGGAAGUUCACUACCUCGCUAGAGCCGUCGGCUGACGCAACUGUCACGUCAAUGCCUGAUGCCUACAUCCCCCCACAGAGGAGCGAUGCCGAACAUUCAGAAGUCAAAGCACCUCCUUCAUCAGCCCCACCGCUCCACUUUAGCCUCGCGCAGAUGUCGCUCAACGAGGAGCAUGUUGGGUCUGGUACAACGCAAUCGAUUGACACACAAAUGCCUAACACGUCAACCCACGAAUUACAUCAAUCUUAUGAGAGCGAACAAGCUCCAACAAGCUUCUUGAUUGUGGAUGACAACAAGAUCAACCUCCAGAUUCUCGUAGCUUUCAUGAAGAAGAUGAAGCGCUCAUACAAAAGUGCACAAGAUGGGCUUGAAGCACUAGGGACUUACGCCGAGACUCCGGGUCACUUCCGCUGUAUCUUAAUGGAUAUCUCUAUGCCGGUAAUGGACGGCUUGGAAGCGACCAGGCGCAUCCGGGAGUUUGAGCAAGCGCGAGACCUGCCGCGUUCGACGAUCAUUGCUCUUACUGGAAUGGCAUCUGCUAGUACACAGCAGGAAGCAUUUGGCAGCGGUGUUGAUUUCUUCUUGGCCAAACCCGUGCGCCUGAAACAGCUGACCGAGAUCCUGGCAGAAAAAGGGAUGAGUUCACCAUCAAGAAGCGAGGCAACAGUUUAGUGAUCCAUUAUCGAUUCGGAAGUCUGGAAGCCAUCGAUCCCAAUUCUACGCUAUGUCGAUGCACAAGAUCUUCAUUUCAUAUCAACUGUUCCAAUGGCACAACGAGAAGAUUUAAUCAGUUCACAUACGACAGCACGCAGCUACAUACAUAGUU